UCAGUAGGUUAUGUCAAAUUCGAACGUGUCCAUAUGUUUACGUAAAUAAGAAACGAGAUUUAAAAUGGAGUGAUUAGUACAAAUUUAGGCUGUGACAAUUGAAAAUGUAUGGAGUAGUUUUAGCGACGGUACUUAUUAACGCGGUUGUGUGUGAUGAUUUGCUCGCGGUGGUUGUGAUUUACAGGCAUGGAGACAGGACCCCCAUUCAGCCGUACCCCACGGACCCGUACAGGAACGCGUCGUAUUGGCCAGUGGGCUUCGGACAGCUGACAAAUGUAAGUUACACACUUUUGGGCAAAAUGCAGCACUACCUCUUGGGUAAAUGGCUCCGCGACCGCUACGCCUCCUUCCUCUCGCCCCACUACUCCGAGAAGGACUUCUACCUCCGCUCGACCGACGCCGACCGCACCCUCAUGUCGGCCGAAGCCAACCUCGCCGGCCUCUACCCGCCCCACGCCGACCAAAUCUGGGACCCAGCGAUCCCCUGGCAACCCAUCCCCAUCCACACCAUGCCCGAACUCGAGGACAACCUCCUCUCCAUGAAGAAAAACUGCCCCAAAUACAACCUCCUCAUCACCCAGCUGUUCAAAACCCCGUACUUCGUCAACAUCAGCCACAAGAACCAUGACUUGUACGCCUACUUGACGAAGAACUCGGGUACUCUGAUCGCGUCUCUGGAGAGUUUAGAGUACCUCUACAACACGAUGUUCAUCGAAACGUUAUACAAUUUGACGUUGCCUGAUUGGGCACGGGUGGUUUACCCCAGCAAGCUCAAACCGUGGGCGGAUCUGAGCUUUGCCACGCCUUGCUGGACGCAGGAUCUGGCGCGGCUGAAAACCGGGCCUUUAUUCCACGAGAUAGUGGAACAUUUCACCAACGCCACGAAAAACGUGACGGGGUUUCUCAAGUUUCGGGCGUACUCGGCACACGAUAUCACCAUAGCGAAUGUGCUGAACACCAUGGGGGCGUUCCAGGUGCACGGGCCGCCGUACGCGAGCACUAUCAUGCUGGAGCUGCGGCGGGGGGCGGGGGAGUACGUCAACAUUUUUUACAAGAAUUCGAGCAUAGUUCAAAAUAUUACGGCGAAAGGUUGUGAUUUUAACUGCAAGUUUGACGAUUUUGUCAGCUUGUUGAGGCCGAUUGUGAUCAGCAGGGACGAGUGGAAUUUGGAGUGUCAGCUCGAGUGGUACUACUACUACCACCUUGACGACUUGCAGUACGUGAUAUACGCAAGUGCGGGUUUGAGCUUCGUUGUUUUUACUUUGAGUAUUUGGAUGGUGUGGAGGUGCUGUAAGAGGAUGCCGAAAGGGGGCGUCACGGCGUACACACAGCUGCCUAGUGACGAAGUCGCUUGAUCGCUCAGGUUAUUUUAGUUGUUAAGGGGCCAAAGUUUUGCUUUGAAUUAUCCAAAAGUUGUGAUUCGAGAAAUGGCGACUGAUUCUAGCUUUAUUUGUUGUGUUGGGGUGAAGUCCCUUUUCGUUUGUGAUUUCAUUUGUAAAGGCCAAAUAUACUUAAAAGGACUUCCGUAUUUAUAGGCGCUGAUGUUGGAUGUCCUUAUGUAUUACGCAUUAUUAGUAUUUGAAUAAAGUAUUUAAGCGGCAA